CGAACAGUUGAGAACCCAUUUCAUUCGCGAACUUGUGCCGAAACGUUGUGCAAAAGCCGCUGCUGCGAGAAUCAGAUAACCCACGCGGAAGUCGAGCAAUUACCGAGUUUACCAAGAAAAUUAACUAAAAUGCCCCAGCUACAGAAGAGCGCUCCCGAAUUCUCCGGCACCGCCGUCGUCAACGGCGUGUUCAAGGACAUCAAGCUGAGCGACUACAAGGGCAAGUACCUGGUGCUGUUCUUCUACCCGCUGGACUUCACCUUCGUGUGUCCCACGGAGAUCAUCGCCUUCUCGGAGAGCGCCGCCGAGUUCCGCAAGAUCAACUGCGAGGUGAUCGGCUGCUCCACGGACAGCCAGUUCACCCAUCUGGCCUGGAUCAACACGCCCCGGAAGCAGGGUGGUUUGGGCAGCAUGGACAUUCCCCUGCUGGCCGACAAGUCGAUGAAGGUGGCCCGCGACUACGGAGUGCUGGACGAGGAGACCGGCAUCCCCUUCCGCGGGCUCUUCAUCAUCGACGACAAGCAGAACUUGCGCCAGAUCACCGUGAACGAUCUGCCCGUGGGCCGCAGCGUGGAGGAGACCCUGCGCUUGGUCCAGGCCUUCCAGUACACCGACAAGUACGGCGAGGUCUGCCCGGCCAACUGGAAGCCCGGCAAGAAGACCAUGGUGGCCGAUCCCACCAAGUCCAAGGAGUACUUCGAGACCACCUCCUAAAGAGGCUAGCUGCUUGAUGGGCGGGGGGCUGCUCCUGGCGAGCGGGAGCGGAUUCGAAUCGCAACCCCCUCGCCUACAUAUUACAUAUAUCCUACAUAUUAACCCUAGAGCGUAGAGAGAAGAAGAUGAAACUGUGAAACUGUCGCCUUUCCCCUGCAACAACCAACUAGAAACCAGAAACACCUGCAGAAGCUAAGCGGAAAGUGAUUUAUUUUUGUGCUUUUUUUUGUAAUUCACCACAAUAAACGAAGGAAAAAAAGAAA